GGCCAAUCGCCGCUGUGUGACUUGUUCGUUUCCGGGAUGUUUGGUGAUGUGGCUCUGCUCAGAAAUCCUAAACACGACAUUUAUUAAAGAGUCCAUUAACAGCAGCUUCUAGUCGCGUGAGGAGGUUCCACAGCAGGUCGGCCAUGUUUAGCCGGCUGACCCAAGGCGUGACCUCCGUCCUGCAGGAGUUAUCCGGAGAGGAGCACCAGGGCGAUGAUGCUGAUCCUCAGGACGGUCUGGUGCCAAGGUUGUUACCCGGCCCUGAUGCCUCCUCCGAUGUCCCGGGCCCUUCGGAGGAGAUCCUGGAGCGUCUGGCUCAGACUGAACAGCUGGUGGUUCAGCUUAAAGAGCUGAUCAGGGAGAAGGAUGGUCAGCUGGCCAGUGCCGAGAAACGGCUCAAGGAGGAGAAGGAGCAGGGUGACGCAAAGUUCACCAAACUGAAACUACAAGCGAAGGCUAAAAUGGCCGCCUUAAAUAAACAGAUCUCUGAGCUGAGAGGACAGGAGGAACUCAACAGCAGUCAGAGUUCAGAGACCUCCUUCACGCUGCCUUCUGGCCUGGAGGAGGAACUCCAGAAGUUAAAAGAGAAGUUAAGUCAGGAGGAAUCAUCAAAUCAAAGCCUGCGAGAUCAGCUGAGGGUCUCAGAGCAGCGGAUUAAAGAGGAAGAGGAGGAGCAUGCAGAGCAGGUGCGAGUUCUGCAGGCUGUAGUAAAGGACAAAGACCUGCGUUUUCAGGAGCAAAUCCAAAAGCAUGAGGAUGAGCUGAUUCAACUGAAAACCCAGACCUCGAAUGAUGGCGAGUUACAGCAGGCUCUGCGUGAUUCCCAGAGGAGGAUCGAGGAGCUGGAGGAGUCCUUACGCUCUCGAUCAGAAGUCCUGGAGAUGUUACAGCAGGAGCUCAACAGUGCAGAUCAACAGAAACAGAUUCUGACAGCACAGUUCAGACAGAUGGAGCAGGAGCUAGAGGAAGCCCACAAACUUCGAGAACAGGAGAAGCAGCAAUUAACCAUGCAGGCUGAGGAGCAACUCCAUGCUUUGAGAAGCAAUCUGGAGGCUUUAGAGAGGGAGAAGGAGCAGACCAUCAUGGCUCUUGAAGCAGAAUUGUCUCAAAGGACAUCUGAGCUGGACCAAGUGAAAGCAAGUCUGGAUGAAAGUGUUAGUAAAGGGAAGGAAGAGGAUGAGGAGCUGACCACGCUGCGAGCUAACUUAGAAGCUUCAGAGAGACAGAGAGAGGAAGUGACGAAGAAGCUGGAGGUCGAGGUUGAACGUCGAGUGGCUGAGCUUCACCAGUUACAAGAGAAGCUGGAUGCGGUGGAAAGGGAAAGAGAGGAAGCGUCGCAGAGCGAGGGGGAGGAGUUAGCACGGCUGCAGGCGGAGCUGGCAUCCCUCAGAGAAAGACUGGAUGCUGGGAAAGAAGAACAGGAAGCUGGGGUACAAGCCAAACACGCACUGCAAAAGCUCUGGAAGGGACUUCACUCUCUAAGCAGCGAAGGAUCUGAGGUGGAGAUGACCAUACCAGAAGAUCCUACACAGGUUCUGCCUGUUCUGGAAGCUAGUUUGGACAACCUGAGAGCAGAACAUCAGGAGAGAGACGUGCGGAUGUCUCAAAUCAGCGUCACCAUAGAAACUCUGCAAGGACAGCUGGACAGAAGCACUGCAGAGGCUGAGGAGGCAGUAGCCAGGAUUCAGCAGCUUGAACAGCAGCUAGCCAAGUGUCAGGUUAGUGAUGAGCCUCAGGGAGAUCAGGUGACUGACCUGUCUGUCAGGGAUUUGGAUAAAGCAGAAGUUACAGAUGGAACCAGUUCUGAGAAGGUCCUGGUGCUAGAACAGCAGCUGGUGGAGCAAGAGAAGGAACUUGCUGACCUCAGGGAACAGCUGGCUUUCACCGAGAUGCAGAGGAUUUCACAGGAAGGAAAUUCUGAAAACAUUCCUAGCGUACCUGGUGGUUCUGAAGUGCUGCCUGGUGUUGAAGACGUUUCCGAGGAAGACACAACACUGAUCGCAGUAGAUACAGAGACGUCUGCUUUGUCUACAUCUGUGGUGUCGUCGUCUGCUGACAAUGAGAGCGGCCCUGAGAUGACUGGACCACAGUCUGGGUCACCUGUAGAGUUAAAGGGAGCAUCCUCAGAUGAGAUGGUAACUAGCACAGACUCAGAAGUUGCUCAUAGCAGCUGGACACUACUGGAAGCUAUUAAUCAAGAUGCUUGUCAAGAGUGGCCUCAACAAAUUCAGGACUUAAAUGCUCUUCAUCUUUCCACCCAGUCCUGGGAAGAAACCAGCAAAGAGCAGGUCACGUCUACGUGCUCGAUGGUGAAGGUAGAAUCAUCAUCCAUGGUGAUCCAGGAAACGGUACAGAUUCAAAUUAGCCAGCAGCACGCAAACUUACUGAAUGCAGAUUCCAGUCCUAGUCAGGCUUUUGCACAGAUCCUGGCUGACGAACUCCAGAAAAAAUACAGCGAACUACUGAUUGAACUUCAACAAAUGAAAGAUUCAGCUGCUGAGUCCCAGGAGAAAGUCCACGUCCUGGAAGAGGAACUGAAGUCACUGACUGUUGUUAAAGAUGAAGCAGAGGCAAGGGCUUUAAGAUAUGAAAGAGACUUGAUGGAAGCUCAAGCUGAGAUUCAUAGAGGUGCAGAGCAGAAGACAUCAGAGAUAGAUAUGCAGGCGAAAGACCUUGAGGAGCAACUAGAGAGCUUGCAAAAGGAGGCUAAUUCCAAAGAUCAGAAGAUACAUUCACUGCAGGCAGAUCUUGACGAGAUCCAGCAGAAACUCGUUGAGAAAGAAGGUCAAGCCCGGAUGCUGGGUGCACAGCUGGAGGACAGAGAACUUGUCUCUUCUGAACUGGAGGAGAAAGUCAUCAACAUGGAGACAAGGAUUCAGCAAAUUUCUGAAGAAGCCGAGAGCGCUAAAGCUACCCUCCUCUGGAAGAGCAGUGAGCUCGAUGAUUUGCGGCAGUGUCUUUCCCAGAAAGAGCAGGAGAUGAUGGAGCUUAGUAACAGCAUGACUGCCAAGCUGCUUCAAGCAGGUGAGGAAAAGUUUGCAAUAUCUAGUGAGGUCAAAAUGCUAAAAGAGCAGAUGAUGGAACUUGAGAAAACCUGGGAUGACCAGCAGAAAGUGAAAGCAGAUAAAACAGCUGAUGCAAGUGAAAACUUGGUAGCUUUGCAGAAAGAGAAUGAGAAACUGACCGCUCAAAUAGCCUCCAUGAAAACGGAUGGGGAACAGGUGAAACGAAAGUUGCAGGCAGCUUUGGUACAGCGCAAAGAGUUGAUGAAAAAGAUCGCCGGGUUUGAGAAGGAAGCAGAAGGUUUUAAAGAAAAAGUAAACCUUGAAGGAGAUGUUACCUCUGAGGAAAGAGAACAGGAACUACAGAGGCUUGAAGCACAACUACAAGAGACCAGAGAAGCCUUGAAUUCCAAAGAAGAGGCUUUGAACGUUUUGGAACAGAAAACAAAGUGCCAAGGUCAAGCACUGGCUGAGGCACAUUCAGAAAUCCAACGUCUGAUUGAAGAGGCUAAAGCAUUAAGUGAACAUGAACAAGAGGUACGCCAAGUUCAAGAAGAUAACACUAGUCUCCAGUCACAGGUCACCAACAUGGAGUCUGAUCUUGAUGCUUUACAGAAAAAGCUCCAGGAAGCAUUGGAUUCUCGUAAAGACACCCUGCGCAAGGCAAAGGAAAAAGACAGGCACCAUCGUGAGCAGCUGAGACAGCUGAAAGAAGAGUACAAUGAGCUGCUCGAGCGUUUUGAAGCAAAGGAUGAUGAGAAAGCUAAGCUAAUAGAACGUGUGAAGGAGUUGGAAGAAAGCCUUGUGGAGUCAAGAGAACUGGUAGAUAAAGAAAAGCUUGUGAAUGUAGAAGAAUUGUCUGAGACUCAAUCUGAGAAUGUGGAGAAACCAGGACCAGGGGAUUGGGGUCAAGAGGAUUGGGUGGACUUUGCCACACCUGAUAAUGAAAACAGUCAGCAAGGAUCACCUGCUGUGACUCCACAGGUCACAUCAGGAAAUCAUGAGAAAGUGAUAAAUUCCCUUCAAGAAAAGGUAGAAUCUGAACAAGCUGCUCGUGUGGAACUGGAAAUACAGCUGCGGGAAAGCCAGGCAUCUCUGUCACUCAAGGAGACCGAGUUGCUUGAGCUCAACAAAGAGCUGGAGACGUUGAGGGCAAAGGACAAACAGAUUGAUGCUCUUUCAGAAGAACUGGAUGCUUUGAGACAAAAGUGUGAGCAAGCAGAAGCUCAUGCAGAAACAUUAAAGGCAGAAUUGGAAGAGGCCGCCAUUGUGGUCAAGACGAGCAUCUCUGACGCAGAAUCUCCUGUUGUAGCUCUUCAGGCAGAGGUGGAUGAGUUUAAGCAGUUCCUCAAAUGCAAAAAUGAUGAGAUUAUUGACCUAAGCCAGCAGCUCAGUGAGCAGAGUUUCCUCCUACAGAAAAUGCAGGAGACUGUAUUGGAGAAAGAUCAGCUGAUUGCGUCUUUAAAAGAGGGAUUGAAAGCUGAGCAAGAGAGGAGUCAAAAACUGGAGGCAGAAAUCCCUCAGAAGCAGGAGGAUGAGAAAGACAACAGUGCCAAGUUACAGCAGCUACAGCGCAAAUUUCAGGCUGCUCUGGUAUCGCGGAAGGAAGCUCUCAAAGAAAACCAUGCUCUAAAAGAAGAGCUAAAUAAUGCUGAGAAGUCAAGGUCAGAAUUGCUAGCAAAGAUUACGAAUAUCGAGGCAAGUCUGGUUAAUCUAAGCGCAGAAAAAGAGAAGCUAAUUGAAGAGGUGGACAGGACCUUGCUAGAGAACCAGAGUCUUGGUGCCUCCUGUGAAAGUCUUAAACUAGCAAUGGAUGGUCUGCUAAAUGAAAAAGAAACGUUCAAACGCCAAGCAGAUAGUGCCAGAGAAGAUGCUGAGCAAGCAUCAAGGCGUUGGGAAGAAAAGCUGCAAAGCAUGAAGGAGGAGUAUGAGACCUUACUGAAGUCAUACGAGAACGUGAGCGAUGAAGCUGAACGGGUUAGAAAAGUGCUGGAGGCUGCAAGACAGGAGAGGCAAGAAUCUGCAGCCAAAGCACGGGCCCAUGAGGCAGCCAAACUAGAGGCAGAAAAGGUAGCAGAGGAAGCUCAGAAGGAAAUAGAUACCCUGAAGGAGAAAAUGAGAAAGUUUGCCAAGACAAAACAUCAGAAGAUUAUGGAAUUAGAAGAGGAAAAUGAGAGACUUAGAGAGCAAGUAGAGAGGAAAGGAACCAAAGAACAAGACACUGGUUUGGAGCAAGAGCUUGAGAAAGUUCAGAAUGAGUUGGAAGUUUUGAAAGCUAAUUUUGAUUCAUUAGAAGCGGAAAGAAAUUCUUUGGAACAGGAAACUGAAAAACUGAAACAACAGCUGGCUCAGGAAAUGGACAAAAAGGACAGUGGAAUUUUGGACAUUGGGUCCUCUGUGGAUGUUAAGGAACAUGUAGGUGCUCAGCAUGUGAGUCCUGUUUUGAAUGAAAAUAAAGAGGAUCUAGCUCUUGUUAGCUCUUCCAAAGAGUCUAAUGUGUUGGAGCAAGAAGAGGAAACUAAGAUUGAAAGGAAUGAAAACAAGAGCUUAGAAACUUAUAAGCAGCUAAAGGAAAAGGAGGCUGCUCUUGAGGUAUUAGAGGGAAAGAUAAAAGAACUACAAGCAGCACUUGAUGAUGAAAGAAGAACCAGAAAUGAACAAGAUUCAUUGCUUAAUGCAGAGUUAUCCUCUCUUAGGCAACACCUUCAGGAGUCUGUAGAACGAGAAGAGAAGCUGAAAGAGGAGUGCUCAAAAAGGGACACCCAGCUUCAGGGGACUCAGUUGAGACUUGAAGACUCGACGGGAACCAGAGUGGAUCAGGAAACUUUACUCAAUGCUGAGCUGUCCUCUCUUAAGCAACAUCUUCAGGAGACGGCAGAAAGAGAGCAGAGGCUGAAGGAAGAGUGUUCUAAGAAAGAAAAUCAGCUUCAGGAACUUCGCACAAGUCUGGAGGUUGAGAAGGAUGACCUUGAAGAACGACUGAUGAACCAGUUAGCACAGGUAAAUGGCAGUAUAGCGGGUUACCAGCAGGAGGCAGCUGACAGUCGAGAUCGUCUUGCAGACCUGCAGCGAGAAUUGGAGAAGGUGCAGAGGGAACAAGCUGAGUUGGAGGCCAUGUUGGCAGGGGAAAGGGAUCGAGCAGCCAGGCUUGAGGAAGAUAAAAGGCAGGCUCAGCGAGAAAGAGCUGAAGCAGAAGCAGAAGCAGGCAAACAGAGAGAGCUUGAGCAGAAACUGAAAUCUGCACAAAGGGUGAAGGAAGGUAGCCAGAGCCGAGCACGUCAGCUUGAGGAGCUGCUGAGGGAGAAACAGCUGGAGGUCCGACAGAUGCAAAAAGACUGCAUCCAGUACCAAGAAAGAAUCAGUGUGCUAGACCGGGAAGCUAAGGCACUACUGUUAGGUAAAGAUGAGGUGUCUAAUGAGCUUGAAGCGGCUCGUCAGGAGAUGGCAAAGAUCAAAGAAGAGAGAAGCAAAUUUGAGUCAGAGUUGUCAACGUACAAAGAGAAACUGGAUAUAGCUCAGGGUGAGGUGAGCCAGGCACUUGCUGAAAAAAUGGCCUCCGAACAGCUGCUACUUCGGCGAGAGGCUGAGCUGAAGUCUGAAGCUGAGCGAACCCUUGAUGAGGUGAGAUAUCGCUUAGGUGCAGAGCUCAAACAGAUGGAAUUAAGGUUGGAGCAGGCCUACAGAGACAGAGAAAGAGAAGAAGAGGCAACUCUUGUGGCAAAGAACAUUGCAGAUGCUGCCGAGAAAUAUGCCCAGGAAACACAAGCACGUCUGGAUGAAUCGCUAGCACGACUGGCUGCCUUCUCGCGCUCCAUGUCCUCGCUGCAGGACGACCGUGACCGUGUUCUGGAUGAAGCUAAACAGUGGGAGAACCGUUUCCAUAGCGCCCUCCAGGGAAAAGAGGCUGAACUGAGGGAAGCAGAAAGCAAAGCUAAGGAGCUUUCUGAGCAACUCCAGAAGGAGACAGCACAUAAAGAACAACUGCAGAGCACACUGGAGAGGUUACAGAAAGCAGAGGAGCAAUGUCAGCUAGAAUUAUCUGAGGCAGAGAAAAAGCACAAUAAAUCUCUAACUGCUGUGGAAAAAGAACGAGAAGAGUUGCAGCAGAAACUCACCCAGACAGAAAACUCUCUGGCCCAGGCACAAGCUCAACUUACCUCCCUGGAAGUAGAAGCAGAAGGUCUUCGCCAUCGAGCUAAGGCUCUAGAGGAUGCAGUUGACAAGCUUCAGAGUGACGCCAAUCAAGCCAGGGCUGAAAUUAAGGAACGAGAAGCAGAAGAAAGACGGUUGUGCUUAAUUCUAGAGCAACUAGAGACAGACCUACGUUCCUCUAAAACUCUCACGGACACUCUUCAAGCAGAGUUGGCUGACAAACAAAAGAGGGAAGUGGAGCUCCUUGGAGAAAAGGAACAUGCGGUCACUCAGGCUGUGGAGGAGGCCAGGAAGGAUGCAGACAGCAGGGCAGAAAAUGCAGAGCGACAGCUGGAGGAGAGAAGAGCAGUCAUGCGAGAUCUUGAGGAGAAGCUUGGUAAAAGUGAGGAGGAUGCCAGACAAAGCAAAGCUCGUCUGGACACCUUCACCAAGGCUAUGGGUUCCCUGCAGGAUGAUCGGGACAGGGUAUUAAGCCAAUACAAGCAGUUAGAGGAGCGACACCUCCAGGUUAUGAUGGAGAAGGACAGUCUCAUUCAAGAAGCUGCUACUGAGAACAACGGCUUGAAGGAGGAGCUUCGUGCCCUUCUGGCCCAACGUGAUGACCUCCAUGCUGAAAACGCCAAGUUGGAUGCGCAACUACAUGGCUACCGAGAUGAGUUAAACCAAGUUCUCUCGAUGAAGGACUUCCAGCAUAAGAAGCUGCUUUCAGUUCAGCUUGAACGUAUCAGUGCCUUAGAAAAAGAGAGGGAAGAGUUCCAGGCCAAGAUAGAGGUUCUGGAAAAAGAAGCUUCGGUAAAAAGAGGACCUGCAGUAGAGCAGGAGAUUUUGAGACAGUCUGGAAAGGUUGAAGCAGUGCUUCAUGAUGCUCCUGGUGCAGAGCUGGAGAAGCUAAGGGAACAGCUUCAGGCAGCCAGGAAGAAGAUCAGCACCCUGGAGGAAACACUAGAGUCUGAAAGGGAGGGGUAUGCAGCCCACAGUAAGGAGUUGAAAGAGCUGCGCUGGGAGGGCGGCAUACUUCGGACUGAGACCGAGACGGCUGAGGAGAGGGUGGCUGAACUGGCCAGAGACCUGUUGGAAAUGGAGCAAAAGUUUCUAGCUGAAAAAGAGGCAGCAGAUCAGCUCCAAGCUCAGAACAAGGCCUUUGGUCAAGCCAUGGCCUCUUUGCAGGAUUCACAUGAUGCGGCCAUCAGUGAAGUGAAAGAACUGCGCCUACGCAUGGAAGAGAGUCCCCGAUCAGGAAACUCAUCAGCGCCACCUAGCAGCUCUACUGGAGAAGUGUGGAGUCUGAAGAACGCUCUUUCAGCACUCCAGAAUGACCGGGAAAGAAUGCUGGAACAGCUGCAGAUGCAACGCAGCGAGCUGGACACACUUGGAUCCGGAGAGCUCGCAAAACUUACCAAGCUCCUGGAGGAGGAGAGGAAGAAGACUGGAGAGACAGAGAAGAGGUUGACUAUGCUGCUACAGGAGAGAGAGACACAGCUGGAGAAAGACCAGCAGGAACUGGAGAUGCUCAAGCUGGAACGCAGUGACAUCCAAGCUCAAGCAGAGUCUCUGAGGAAGCAAACUCUGGCAGCUCUUUCGGAGCGUGACCAGCAGAUCCGCCAACUCGGGGCCAUGCUGGAGCAGGCGCAAUCCUCAGAACCCAAACUACUGCAGGUGCAGGCACACAGACAGGGAAGACUUGCAGAAGACAGCGCCCCCGGUGGCCCCCUCGGGCAUAGCGAGGACUAUAAGGCAGAGUGUGUUGUUCUCCAGAAGAGGUUGGAUGAGGAGAUGGAGUUGAGGCUCAGCGUACAGGAGCAGCUCUCAGCAGCACAGGAUCGCCUCAAACGACACUCCCAGGAUGAGUGGCUCUCCGGCACGCGUGACGUUCACUCAGAGACGGCGGUGCUGAUCGAGCCAGCAGAGGGCGCUGUUACUCGGAGUCGGAGUGGAGGUCCGGGGCUGCUGAGAACGCUACGAGGAGCUUUCUGUUCCCGCCAGAGGACGCCGCUGCUCGUGUCCCUCUACUUACUGACCAUCCACGCUGUGCUGCUGCUCUGUCUGGGGGGAUACCUCUGAGAGAGAGAGAGAGAGAGAGAGAGAGAGAGAUGCUUGACACUUUCUCUUUACUGUGAAACAGGAUAACAAAGGGAAUCUGUCUCUGAGAGAUCUACAUGUUUCUGAUGUACAAACAGGGCAAACGUUAUUUUAACUUUAUUAACUUUUUUCUUUUUUAAUGAAGGAAUCUCUUUAGCUAAUUUGCCAAAGUCUUCCUCAUGGAGUGUCAUCAACAUGGCCACAAAUCUCCCACUGCCAAAGUUAACACUAGACCACAGGGGGCCAUUAAAUACACCUCAUUAUGUAGAGUGAGUAAGCAUUCCAGCACAUUCCAGCUGAUUAACAUUACAGGAACGUUUCAUUGACCUGACUCCAGGGCAAUGAGAGAGGGCCGAGUUCUCCGUGAAUUUUAUUAAGGAUCCGAUGCAGAAAACUGAAUGAGAUAUUCAUCAGCUGGAAUGAAGAUCUUCAGAUCUCCUAAAGCAGGUGAAAUGAGGGCACUGUGCGUCGUUUUUCUCUUUUCCAGCCUGUAGGAUUGUUCUGAAACCUCAGAGAGAACAUGCGCUAUACUUGUACAAUGUUAAAUCAGAUUAAAGCAGCGGUCAGCGAUUUGUUUUCUUAAGUCGAACACUUCUCUUCAUAUUGAACCCCCUUUACUAAAUCAGAGGAGCAGUUUCACGUGAUGGGGACCACCAGCUUCCAACCAAUCAGAAGGAAAGGACAGGAGAUGUUACUUGUACAUCAUUAAAUCCAAUUAAAGCAGCGGUCAGUGAUUUUGAAGUCGAACGCUUCUCUUACUGACCCUGCUUCAACAAAUCAUCUGUUCAGCCAAUCAGGUGUCUCUACCUGUCAGUCAUGCUGUGUGUCAGUGUCAAAAGCUCCGCCCACCUGCAUGUGUUGUAGCUUAUACACCACCAGCUUUCCACAGAAACAGUGUCACUUUGGGAUUUAAAGGUGCAGUUUGUGAUUUUACCCUGGGGGCGGAGCUUUCUAAAUUGACAGGCAAAAUGAUUUACAGGCUGCUGUGUUCUGAUUGGUUGGAUGCUGGUGGUCCAGAUGUUUUAUUAAAGCUGCAUUGAUGAUAUGAGGAGAUGUGUUUGAGUUAAAAAUCACUGACUGCUGCUUUAAUUUGAUUUAGCACGAUACAAAACGCCUCAUAUUUCCUGUCAGUUUACAGAGUUCUUAACAAGUAACGUUUUUAAGCUUUAGCUAACUUCUAGCUGUCGUAUCAUCAUCAUGUCGCCGUAUGUGUUGCCAUAGAAACAACAUAUUUUUGUAAUCGAGUCUGAUUCUGAGAUCUCUUUCUCUUGUGAUUACUGUGAUGUCAAAAGCAUAAAAUCCAUUCCUUCGUAUUUUACUUUUUAAUGUAGAUGACCUCCUCUGUCUUUCCUGACUUCACUGUUGUCGUGGCAACAACCCCAGAUAACCGCAGCUCACUACAAACGGUGCACAUUCCUCCAUCAGGGUUUUAAUCUGGGCUUUUUAAUGAGUAAAUGUGAGAACACUAACUCCAGGGUUUCUGUGUCUUGUCCAGGCGUCCUGCGAGCUCCUCAGCUCCUGUUUUAAAGACUUUUAUUAUGUUGGGAUUGUGGGCGUGGUCCUGAUGUUAACUCUUUGUUUACCAGGUGAUUUUAAGCACAGCCCUGACUGGGCUUCCUGUUUCCUGUAUAAUGACCUGUAAAUGAUCCGUUUCCUCCUCUGUGCUUCUGCCUAGGGCUUAUUUUUUGGAAAUAAAGCUUAUUUAUAGUAA